AACUAGACAAACAACUUUGUUCGCACGAUUUUCAUGUUUAUUUUCCCUCAAAUUGUUUGCCAAUGUCUUCCUAAUAGUAGAACAAAAAGAAAGUAAAGCCACUUCCGAUAGCCCGUAUCUAUCUAUCUUUGUGCAGAAACGGUAGCUGCACUACGAAAGCAACCAGUUCCUCCACAGCAAUGAUCUCCUAAUUUCUCUCUCCAUAUUUUAACUUUCUGAUUCCAAGUUUUGUCAGAUUAUCUGAAUUUGUUUUUCUUUUAAAGGAAUAAGAAAAACCCAUCAAGGAAAACACCUUCUUGUUUCCCCAGGAUCUGAGAUUAUUGGUUUCAGGGGACAGGGGCGUAAUAUAUGGGGUCAUGGUUUUGACAUAAGUUAUCGGAUUGGUCCUUGGCAUACACACGAUUUGCUUUGUUCAGCCUUAAGGAUUACUUUUCCCAACAUCCUUGCAUUCCCAUCAAUUUUCUGCUGGUUAAGCUUCUGAUAAAAGAGUGGUGAUGGCCAAUCUAAAUGCAUCGACAUCCGUAGUUCCUUCAGAAUCCUCAGAACAAAAGGGAACUCUUAUGGUAGAUUCAAACGUGAAUGUAGUUCAACCUCCUAUGAACCAGCAAAAUCGAACCUCCACUGAUGGUCCUGUGGCUAUCCUUUGGGAUAUAGAGAACUGCCCUGUCCCAAGUGAUGUCCGCCCUGAAGAUGUAGCUGGGAAUAUAAGAAUGGCUUUGCGAGUGCAUCCUGUAAUUAAAGGAGCUGUUAUGAUGUUCUCUGCAUAUGGUGAUUUUAAUGCCUUCCCCAGGAGACUUAGAGAAGGCUGUCAGAGAACUGGUGUCAAACUCAUAGAUGUCCCAAAUGGAAGGAAGGAUGCUGCUGACAAGGCUAUCUUGGUUGACAUGUUUUUAUUUGCCCUGGACAACCCUCCACCUUCAUCUAUCAUGCUGAUCUCAGGGGAUGUUGAUUUUGCUCCCGCUCUUCACAUCCUUGGUCAACGUGGAUAUACAGUCAUUCUUGUUAUUCCUUCUGGGGUAGGUGUUUCAUCUGCGCUGAGCAAUGCUGGUAAAUUUGUAUGGGACUGGCCUAGUGUUGCUCGUGGGGAAGGCUUUGUACAUCCCUCAAAGGCCUUAAUGCCUCCUCGAGGACCAGCGGAUAUUACUGGGUAUUUCAUGGGGUGCCAUAUUAGUGACAAUCCAGAUGGGCAAAAUGAGGAAGAGGCAAUAGUUUAUAGGGGCAUGUCGCAAAGUUAUUACAACUUGAGAGAUUUUUCAAUUUUAUCACAAUCUUUAUCUGAAUAUACAAGCAACCCUUCAAUAGGCAUGCCUUCUUACCCUACAACUUUGAGGUCACAAAGUCUCCCAGCUGGUUUAAAUGAAGCAUCAGGAUGUCCUGGCUUUUGUGAUCAGAAUGAUACUAUGUGGGUACAGCCUGGAGACAUAAAUGGUUUGAAGGGACAACUAGUGAAAUUGCUUGAACUUUCAGGAGGAUGCCUGCCUCUUACCCGUGUUCCUGCUGAGUAUCAAAAAUAUUUUGGAAGGCCUCUUUAUGUGGCAGAGUAUGGGGCAUUCAAACUUGUUAAUCUUUUCAAAAAGAUGGGUGACACUAUGGCAAUUGAUGGAAAAAGUCAUAAGAAAUUUGUCUACCUUCGAAAUUGGAAAGCAGGCCCAAGUGCACCUCCUUUGGCUCUAGCAAGGAAAGAUAAGAAAGGGAAGGGGAAUCAGGAGGAAAGCAUGGAUGUUACUGCAGGUGCUGGCUCUUCUGAUGAGUUUUCUGAUGAGGAAAGAGUGGUGGUAGAAGAACGUGAUGAGAGGAGGAAUGUAGGACGGACUAACUUUGGAGCAGCUGGAUGUGACAUUGAUAACUGUAAUCUUGAGCAAUUUAAAUAUGAGUUGCAGGAAAUUUUGGUGAGUUAUUCUUGCCGAAUUUUCUUGGGUUGUUUUGAAGAAAUAUACCAGCAACGGUACAAGAAACCGCUGGAUUAUAGAAAGCUUGGUGUGGAGAAGCUGGAGGAGUUGUUUGAUAAGGUGAGGGAUGUUGUGGUCUUGCAUGAAGAACCAGUAAGCAAGAGGAAAUUUCUCUGUGCGGUAGGUACCUAGAAGAAUCGGACAGAUUUUUUCUUGUAACCGUUGACUUUUUUUUUUUUAACUUGACUAGAUCAGACAUUUGGGCUGUGCUUAUUGAUACUUGGUCUCUGAUCUGUCUAUGCUUUUUUUUUUUUUCCUUUUUCUGAAUUUUUUUGGCCAAAGGUUUCAUAAGUGAUAGAUAGGAUAGGCUGGGAGCACAUGUUAUUUUUGUUGUGCAUCAUGCAUGGAUUUGGAGGUUAAAGUUUCCAUGUAAUUCUCAUGCCUGGUCAUUGUAAGUUGUAACUGAUCAACCACUAAUGUGGAACUCUGUUGUAAAUUAAUAUCUCGAGCAAUAAAUCCUACGCUUUUGUUUCCUCCA